AUGCCCUCGACGGCGCUCUUCUUCCUACCACUCGCUCCGAGUCAAACAUCCCCCACCUCGACCCUGAUAUCGCACAUAACGCGCACUCUCCCGGCCGAACCCUUACCACCGUUCAUUCUCGAUCAUCGUCUCUUUGUCGACACGUCUUCCCUCCUUCCCAACACCGACACCUCAAAGCGCACGUUCACGAGCAUUCUACACCUCUCGCACAUCCCGCACCAGUCCUUUAUCGGCACUACCGCUCCCACUGCUACUGUUCCCGCCUCUGCUUCUCAGCCACAAACGACGACACCAACGGAACCGUCCCUGACAAUCACGUCCCUCCCCUCAUCUUCGACAGACACACUGACCCAGCUUAUCGGCACGAAGCUUCAACCGCAAUGGGCGCAUCGCCAGUCCGUCAUAAUCGACAACGGCACUUCCCUCAGCCUCCACAACGGCGACUACACCAUCCGCCUGGGUGACGUAAAGACAUCGCCGAGGGGUAACCAACCGCUCAGUCUUCGGGGGAUGAUUCUCGAACUCACCUACAACACCGACAACGGUUCCGAGGAAGUCGCAGAAGCCUCCAAUGGCGCGAGUGCGACUGCGACCGACCCUGGCACCGCGAGAGUGAGUAGAGACGACGAGACCCUUCUACGUGGCGUCGUCGACGCACUCGCCGACUCAGCGGCGAUAUCACUUGCUGGCGCACGCGUGUUUUUUCGCAGGACACACCGUCAAGAGAACGGAAAAGUACCCCCCGGUGUGAUCGACUGGGAUCUUGUAAGGCUGUAUAUGAGUGCGCUACGUGGCUCGAGAGGUUGA